AUGCCACCAUACACAAGCACAUCUUUGGAGGGCUCAUCCGAGAAAGUGGAUCCUGCGACGAACGGCGAUGCAUUUCCUGAACGAAACACUAAAACGGAAUGCAUUGACAUCGAUGAUAACAGGGAGGUCUUCCACGAGGAGGAAUACAGGGCGUUGGGGUGGAAACGCACUGGCAUCAUUUUGAUGAAGCUCUGCUUUGCCACCGGUGUAUUGACAAUUCCAUCUGCCUUCAGCUCAGUCGGGUACGGCCCGGGCAUUGCUCUGCUUGUGGGUUGGGGAACGCUGGCAACUUACUAUGCGUACAUCAUGUACGUCUUUAGAAUGAGAUACGCCGGAGUUCACAGCAUUGCCGAUGCCGCGGCACUUAUGGGCGGACCUAUUGCCCGAGAGAUUGCUGGUGGUCUCUUUCUUUUGACUUGGAUCCUCGCAUCUGGAUCUGGCUUCAUCGGUUUGGCGGAAGGAUUCAAGACGCUUUCCAAUCGCCACAUCUGCAACAUUGCGUGGACGCUCGUCGCAGCCACGUGCACCGCAAUCGUAUCUGGCAUUCCUACCCUGGGGCGAUUGUCGAUCCUAGCUUGGAUAGGAUUCGCUUCAAUCUUCACGGCGGUCUUUAUUGUUGUCGUUGGUGUGACACAAGUUAAUCGGCCUGCGGCAGCGCCAGAGACCGGACCAUACGACAUGGAAGUACACGCUGUCGGAGCCCCUGGAUUCGUUCCAGGAGUUGUCGCGGCCGUCAAUCUAUUUACUGGUUAUGGAUCUACACCAACCUUUAUUCCAGUGAUUGCGGAGAUGAGAAGCCCGCGAUCUUUCACCAAAUCUCUCUUCUCAUCUCAGGUGUUCCUAGCCUCAAGUUAUGUAGCAUUUGGUACGGUGGUCUACAUGUAUUUAACGAAUUGCAUACUUAGGUAUUGCGGAAAGUACGUUGCGAGUCCGUCUCUAGGCUCUGCCGGCGGAACAUUGGAAAAGAUAGCGUACGGUGUUUCGAUUCCGGGUUUCAUCAUGACGACGACUCUUUGGGUUCAUCUUGCUGCUAAAUUCCUUCUCGUACGCAUUCUUCGCAACUCAGUGCAUCUACAAAGCAAGACUGUGAUUCAUUGGGCGACUUGGCUUGGCUCGACCAUAGGCAUUAGCGCGUUGGCUUUCAUCAUUGCUGAAGCGGUUCCAUUCUUUAGCUAUCUGGUUGGGCUCAUUGGUUCUAUUUGCUGCAUGCCUACUUGUCUGAUUAUCCCAGCAUUCAUGGGCCUCUACAUGGACUGGGAGAAAAGAUCCUCUAGUAAAGUCAAGAUGUCUCUCUGUGCCCUGCACAUCUUAACGAUAGUUCUGGGAUCAUUCAUGACCGUUGUGGGCACUUACACAACAAUCCAAAGCAUCAUCGAUGCGUACAAUGAUGGACGGGUAGGAUCAGCUUUCACUUGUUAG